AUGAACCUUACUCCCAGGAGGAGUGCCGAGGAUACGGAAUGCGCCCCCGGGAUGGAGAGGGAAGCGGAGCGACAGCCAUCACCAUCCCCGCCACAGUCCCCUCCGCUGCGUCGGCCUCGUCUCCCGACCCGUCAGAAAUCGCAGGAAGAGCUGCCGUUAGCGAACUUCGAGGAGGAGCACUACGACUGUUACGACUACUAUAACCUACGGGAAUAUCCGAUCCGCGGUCCCGGCUGGAGCAAGGGCCGCACCCGGCGGGAGCGGGAGCUCCGCACCAACCGGCCAGUGCCCGCGGGCCAUGAGCGGAAGAUCGCCCAGAAGUUGUACAACAGCCAGCGGAAGCGGCGCCAGCGCCAGCUGCAGUCACGGCCUCGCACCCGGCUCUCCUGAAGGGGGCGGCCUCCCGCUCCCUUCGUGGUUCUCCCUAGCCAUGGAUUCACAAAGGACCUAGUAAAGUCUUUUCUCUUAACUCCAGCUAUAUCUGUUGCCAUAAGGGAGAGCUAGAGAGUCCAUGUUGGUCACCAGGGCUUUCUUGUUGCCAGCUCUCAGUGGAUUGCUUCAGGACCUUUUUUCUCUUCCAGCACACUGAGGUGUUACAUCAAUAAGACCUAUGUUCAGUCCCUCUGGGGUAUGUCUUCUCUUUAGGAUUCCUAAUUAAAGGAGAGCAGCAAGAAUGGUUUUUCAACUCUUCUGUUUUGGUCAAAGUUAAUAUUACUACGAGCAUGAAAGUGGUUUUAAAAUAGGUUCUUGGAUAAGACAUUUAUGGUAUCACAUCAAAUGUUAGUUUGUAGUUUUAGGGACCAAAAUAAUAAAGAUCAAAUCUGUUUUUUCUGUGA